AUGGCCGACGUCUCUUCUUCCAUCGUCAAAGCUGAGGCCGCUCCUAUGAAUGGCGUUGCGAAGACCGCACCUGGCCCAGAGUCUGCCACUCCUCAGAAGACUGGCUAUGUCAACGCCACAACCCCUCAGUCUAGCUCAACUGAGGUUGCUUCUCCUGAGACCCAUGACAGUAACACCAAUAUAAUCUCUGGACCAGCCAGCAAGCCGUCUCGCCCACCACCAGAGCUCGAUGCUACCAUGGAAGAUCAUGUCCGAGACAUGAUGAACAAGGUUCGCAGAGUUGCGAAUGGCGGAGACAACCCGUUCAAGUCAGAAGAGGACAUCCGAGAAUUGACAUUGCUCGCCAACAACCUUGUCAAGCUUAUGAAUGCCGCCUACAUCGCUACGGACACUAUUGUUCGUGGUGUCGCCUACAUACAAGGCGGAAGCCAAGCACAUCCCAAGACCGCCAUGAAAUUCGCUAGACAAGAUCGCCGUGCACAUCUGGCUGCCGGGAAAGCUGCUGAACAUGCUCUUGCUGGCACUCCAAGUCAAGCUCCGGCAGAGACUGGCGCCAAAGACACUACUCAAGCUGUGACGAACAGAAAUGGGACAGAAGCGGCAGGUGACAGUGGCUCUAACAAGGAAAAUGCUGCGUCCGGCACUGAAGUCCAACAACAGAAUCCAAAAGCUCGUCAGAACAAGACCAGCAAGAAGAAGGGAUACUGGAGCAAUCGUCGCGCCCCCCGGGAAGCGCAAGGCAGUAAUCCUUCCAAGAUCCAAGAGAACAAGAUCAAAGGUCAAGCCGGUUGCGUGGAGGAUGCGAAGGACAGUGUUAGCAGCAAGGGUACAGCCAGGGAAUGA